AUGCAUGUAUUUAAGCAACAUAAUGUGUUGCUCCCAAGCAAUCACGACAGAGGAAAGCCCUUGAUCGAUCCCAAAGCAAAGGGUCAACUAUUCUUGUGUCCCUGCUGUAUUCAAGUCACGGAUUCAAGAAACAAGUUCAAGGAGCAUGUAGACGAACACAGUUUCAAAAUCUCUGCCACUUUCCCGAGUUGCCCUAGUUGGUUAUUGCAAGGUGUCAAUAUUGCUGAACGGUUUCGCGAGUACUUUGCCACAUGUCUGGAAGAUUGUCGCAACUUCUUCGAUGUCGAUCAAUUUUUCAAUCAACUUUUGUGCCUCUCGUCCAUAUUGGUCCUGCAAAAACGAGCAAAAUACGAAUCUCUGCCUGCAAAGUAUUUCUCUCCUCCUCUGUUGGAAGCGACGCGUCAAAAUGUUUUGUCUUCAUUGGUAUUACCUGAUUCCCUCGACGCCGAUCUAUACAUAUCAAUUAAAAACACUAUCCGCGACUAUCAUGAAAACAAGAUCAGUAACUUGACCGCACGACAUUAUUUGAUUAGUCUUGCGAUGAAGAAGGAUGAAGCCGAGCGCAACGUUGUUUUGGCAAUCGAAUCUCUCUUUCCUGCACUCAAAGAUUUGGAUAUUGGUCACCUUCGUGAAUCCGAGCUUGCUGCCUCUUUUGUACAUCCACUUAUUCAAGCAUUACUUGCUUAUGACACUGAAGAGAAAGUCGCAAGAUGCACAAAUACUCUUCCUGACAAUGGCACGGACGUCAAUCGGCGACCAGAUUACGAAGUCAUGAUGUAUGACCGCUAUCAACCGUCCUACAGAACAUGUUUUGGGGAACUUAAAGGGGAAGGCUCAUCGGAUACCCUGUCGAUAAUGGACUUUUACCGUUUGGGUGUGUUUGCCAAAUUGGAAAUGGUCUCCAGCAAUCUUACCGGUGUACUGUGCUUCCAAGCGCUUGGAACUUCAAUCACAUUUUACACCAUGGUUCAUACGGAUUCCAGCAUCUAUGCAUUUGUAGAACUUGCGACCAUUACGAUACCCAAGACCAAAAACGAUAUCAUGUCAGUGACCAGCAUUUUGGAUGACCUUUAUAAAAUUGCUGUUUAUCAUCGCACGAUUGUCAAGUCCCCAACUCCAAAUACAAAGCAUCCAACCUUACCUUUUGAAUUUGUCCAAGGGACAAGGAAAACAUUGCCAGCAAAACGAAAGCCUUCCUUAGGAUCAAUUUCCGCCAGGUAG